AUGGAUGGAAACAAGUCAAUUAUUGAGGAGAGGUACAAGUAUGACUUAAAGUACUGCGUGCCAAUUGAAGUCAAGCCUGGAAGUUAUUUCAAUCUUCAAAUCACUUACUUCUACUGCCCAUCGAAAAUCUGUACGAAUGUGGACGAACUGAUGCAUAAAAGCGUUACUAAGACAGUUCAAAUGGUGCAACACUUUGUUGUAAUCAUGGGAGAGACAGAUAAACCACUCUAUCGACCUGGAGAACAGGUGAGAUUCCGUCUCAUUGCGCUAACAAGUCGUCACAUCUUGCCAUACUCCGAGCUUACUAUGUGGCCUGAAUAUGAGGCUGUUAGCGAGUCUUCAGCGGAAAAUGUGCUAAAACGCAUUGAUCCAGGUGAGCGUGAGAGAAGGAUGGAAGCACCUCACUUUGAUCUGAUUGAGAUAAAGGAUCCACUUAAUAACAUUUUGUAUCAAUGGAAGGACGUUCGACCAUUAGACGCUCUCAACUUAGUGUAUAAACUCAUUAGGGAUGCAAAGGAGGGCGAAUGGAAAAUUGAAGCCUGUGUGAGACACCAAAAGGAGGUGGUGUUUUUUAAUGUACGGCAUUACGUCUUGCCACUGUUUCGAGUCCACGUUGAGCUGCCAGGUGUUAUUGAUUUGUCAAGGUCGGAUGUAAAGAUCGGUGUUUGUGCUGCCUACAUCAACGGUCCACUCAUCCGUGGCACAUAUGAUGCCCAAAUCUGUAUUUGUGAUGGGAGUGUUUUGAAACGACAACAAGUAGAAGCGAGGAUGUUUCCAAGGAAUAAAUGCGUUGCUAACUCUAGCCCAGUGGUACGCCUUUGUACGCGCGUCAAUGGUAUUCUUGACGAUGUCAGCUGUACAAACAUUACGGUGGACACAUUGCACUUGGUCAAAGACAAAUCAGCAAGUUGGAAUGAAAGGUUAGCCGUGUUUGUGGAAGUAGUAGAAGAAGGCACGGCUUCAUCUGUUUUCAGUUCUGGAAUUACCGAACUUCGAACGUUGGAGGAAUCGCAAAUUGAACUCAUUCUUCCCGAUGCUUACAAAAACGGUUUACCCACUGCUGGUCAGGUGAUUUACAAAAAUAUGUUGAAUAAAACAGAUGAUAAGGUGGAAGUGGUUGUGCGUGAGAUCCCUGAUAAAUGCGACUAUUACUGGAGAUUCAAAAAGGAUACAUUCACCACCAUUACCAAAGUCUCUGUCAAGCCAGGG